AUGGAAGAUUUAUCUUUAGAGGUGAUUUUGCUGGUAGCACUACAGGUUGCUCAUAUCAGUACAGGAUCAUUUGGAUUAGGUGGAGGAGGAGGAGGAGGAGGAGGAAAAGAGCACAUCCACAUCAGAAUUCACUUACCAGUGGAAGUACAACAUGGAGAUCAUGGCGGAGGAGGGCACGGAGGAGGCCAUGGAGGAGAUGGAGGACAUGGAGGAGACGAGGGGCAUGGUGGAUACGGUGGAAGUCAUGACGAUCACCAUGGAGGCGGAAGUGGUGGAUACGGAGGUGGAGGAGAUAGCGGCUUUGGUAGUGGAUUUGGGGGAGGGCACGGUGGAGGAGGAGGCUCAACAAUUAUCAUAAAUGGAGUUGGCGGAGGUCAUGGAGGGGGUGGAUAUGGCGGAGCGUCUUGGGUAAAGUCUUUGAUUAAAGAUAGAAUCUGGGACUUUUGUACCGAGCUUAAUAUUAUUCCAAAGGCCCAAUUCGGAUUCAGGCAAGAACAUUCCACGCACAAUACCGUCACCAAUAUUCAAACUAUCUUGACUAAAGCAAUGAACCAACAUCAGUACGCCUCCACUAUUUUCAUGGAUGUUCAGAAGGCUUUCGAUCAGAAACAGUUAGACAGACACAAACCAAUGCAACCACUACAAGCCCAGCCUUGCAAAAGAGCUAUUCCUAUAUCAGGGCCUACUCCAACAAACCCCCCUCUCUACAAAAAUCCUCCUUAUCCUGCCAAACUGUAA